GCGAUGUGGGCAGCGGAGGACUGACGCUCGUUAGUGAGCCCGAUGGUGUUUCGAACGACGCUGGAGCUGGGUAUGAAGCUCCCUUUGUGGUUCGUCGGAGCGAAGGUGGAGGACAGGCACCAGGACGAAGAGUGCGCGGCGUACCAGGAGGCCAUCGCCCAACGUCUGGUGCGCGACUUCAGCAAAGUGGUGGAGGCGAUGGACUCAGGGCGUGCCUCUUACGAGCGCCUGAAGUCCCUGGCGGAGGUGAUGAGAUAUCUGCUGGCGGCGGCGGCGUGGAUAAUGAGGAUGGUUGGGGACGACGCUAGAUCGCACUUCGACGCCUGGGUUUUCGUGCAGCUAACGGCGAAGACCACCCUUCUUGCUUCCAUGGAUCGCCAUUUCGACUCGCGUCGUCAUGUCUUGCUAGCCGCAACUGUCAUGACUGAGAAACUCGGAAGACCGCCUUCGACCUUCGCUCCCCCCCCGCUGUACAUCCCCGACUGGGCGUCGAAGUGCGGCGUCACGUUCAAUCACGAUGCGACGUUGUCCUCCCCGAUGGAAGCGACGAAGAUGGAUUGGAUCGCCACAGGCCCCCAUGAGGGGGAAGAGUCGAACGACGACGAUGUUGAUGGCGCCGAGGGUGGGUGACAGUGGGAGUCCAAGUCGAUGGACUGCCGACGAGGGUGGAUGAUAGUGGAGGUCGACGAUGAUGACGGCGGGGAGGGUGUGUAGUCGCAACGGGGAGUCUGUUCCGAUUGACGUCGCGGUCGCCACCAUCAUCGUUCCUUCCAUUGGCAGGGCGCUCACGCAGUGUGUUUCGCUUUCUGGCGCUUGUAUCUAAGCUUCGGUGUGUGUACGUGCACGUAAUUUGUGGCGUUCGGUGUGUACUUUUUAACUUGUGCUUGUUAGUGCUUGUUUUCGCUUGUUCUUAUCAUGACAAACG